GAGGUAGUUGGAUAGCUGCUGCUGUUAUCAGAGGGUGAAUGACAGCGAUGGCUCGUCCAGUGCUUCUCCUUUUUCUGUGGGUCGGUGUCACAGUGACCACAGAGGUGGAUCUGCAGAAGAGAAUUAUUCAUGGUCAACCAUGUGAGCUUAUGUACCAUGUGAAACUGAGAGGAGUUGCAGCAGAUGGAUCUUCAAACCUGUGUGGUGGCUCUCUGAUCAGUGGCCGCUGGAUUUUGACUGCAGCUCACUGUUUGAAGCCAGGAAGGACUAUGUUUGCAGAUUUAAGUGUGCAUCCAGGGGGUCCAGUGCAAGAAGUAAAAAUCACGGCAGAACCUGUGAUCUAUACAGAUAAAGACAGCAACAACAACACCAGUUCCCAUGAUAUCAUGUUACUGCAGUUACCUAGCCCCCCUGAAAUUCAACCUAUAGCUCUUCCUGAUUGUGAACGUCGACCUAAAAUGGGGGAAAAAGUUAAGAUCGCAGGUCACGCAGCCACUACUGGAGGUCCUAAUGAUGAAAGGAGACCCAGUAAAUCCCCUGAUCUCCACUGUGCAGACAUUACGAUUGUCAGAUGUGACAACCUCAAAGCUACUUUAAAAAAAAAUUUCAGAAAGGUCUACGAAGUCAAGGUGUCUCAAAAAUGGUUCUGUGGCCAAACACCUGGAGUGGAUAUAUGCUAUGGAGAUUCUGGUGGAGGAGUGGUGUACAAAGACAAGAUUUAUGGUGUUAUUUCUUUUCUUGGAGAUCCUUACAAUGUAUGUAGAACAGCAAGUGCAUUCAUGGACCUCUGCAAUCCAAAAUAUGCUAAAUGGAUCAGUAAAACUAUUACCUGAGAAAAAGAUGUCUCCAGUAUGCUGUGGUUAAGUCUUUCAUAAUUAAAAGAGUUCAGUUCGUUGAGAAACUUUGUGUGCUUUCUGUUUUUAUUAAAGAUGGUCAAUCUUGUAUACGAUAAAAAAAUAAAUAAAAAAACAUUGUGUGACUGACGCAUCAUGGUUCUGUUAAAGUCCAUUUGUGUUAAACGGCGGUACAUAAUAACUUGCCAAUAACAUAAUGUAAAAAAAUAAUGACGAAGAAGCCCCAUUUAAAUUAUAUCUGAAAUCCAUGUGAAUAAUCCUGUACAUCCAAAUCCUGGGAUUUUUACUAUGCAGAUUAAAUAAUAUUUUUUUUGCUUAACUUUUAAUGUUCUAACACUUUUAUUUUUUAAAAACUGUAUUAAAAACUAUGUCCAGCUUAAAGCGUGGCUGUGACUACUAAAUAAAAUGCCAAGGAGAAAUCAUGUUUAUUAGCAUCAUCACAUUCCAGUCUCUUGAAAUCAAGCAACUCCUGAAUUCUACAUUGGUGGGUUUUUUUUUUUACACAUCACAAAAACAUUUUUUGAUUGUGUUUUCUUUUUCAGUCAUGUAAACAAACACUGGAAUGAACACUUAUUGCUGCAAAAUAAAUUACAGUCAUAUUUA